AAAUACAUUCAAGUGUCCCACUGUCGUACCUUUACCUUAAUCGCGGAUCUGUCAUAGUAUGAUGUCGCAUUCGCAUCCACUCGAUUUCAUUGAUUGAGGUCCGCAACCCAAUAUAGAUCCGUGCCGAAUAGGGUCUAAAAUACAAUCAAUCCACUCAAGUUUACUUCUCCUGUUUGCAAAACAUACACAGAGCAGAUCGACCAUCACCCUAAAGACAACCUUCUCUAGUUCUAACUCUUUGAGUACCUAACCUAAUCCAAACAAGCUCCAAGAACCUCAUUGAAGAUCAUUCUGGGUACCUAAGCUUUGUAACGAAUGGCACCAUAACAACUCCUUACCUAGGUACUCUUUGACCAGUAUGGCAACAGUACGUGUUUGCGUAUGCGGAGAUGAAGGGACCGGCAAGUCGAGUCUUAUUGCAUCCCUUGUCAAGGAUGUCUUCGUGAGCAAUAAGAUACAAGCCGUUCUACCCCAGAUAACAAUCCCGCCGAGCAUUGGUACUCCUGAAAAUGUCACCACCACCAUCGUCGAUACGUCGGCGCGUCCCCAAGACCGCACGACUUUGCGCAAAGAGAUCCGAAAGUCCAACGUCAUCCUCCUGGUAUAUUCCGACCAUUACAGCUAUGAGCGCGUUGCCCUCUUCUGGAUGCCGUAUUUUCGAUCCCUUGGCGUAAACGUUCCUGUGGUCUUGUGUGCCAAUAAGUCCGAUCUCACCGAUAAUACCACCCCGCAAGUUAUCGAGGAUGAGAUGCUACCCGUCAUGAACGAGUUUAGGGAAAUCGAUUCCUGCAUACGAGCAAGCGCCAGAGAGCAUCAGAAUGUCAACGAAACCUUUUUCCUCUGUCAGAAAGCUGUCACGCAUCCCAUCGCUCCGCUUUUCGACUACAAGGAGGGUAACCUGAAGCCGGCCUGCAUGUCAGCCCUGAAGAGAAUAUUUUAUCUGUGCGAUAAGGAUCAGGACGGUUAUUUGAACGACGACGAAAUCCAGGAAUUCCAACAUAAAUGUUUUGAGAAGUCCUUGUCACAUGAGGACCUUGAUAAUAUCAAACUGUCCAUUGCCAAAACCGUCCCCGGGUCGGACACUUCGAAAGGGGUUGACAUGCGGGGUUUCCUCCAGCUCAACAAGAUAUACGCCGAAAAGGGUCGACAUGAAACUAUAUGGGUUAUACUACGGAAAUACCACUAUACUGAUAGCUUAAGCUUAGAAGAUAGCUUUAUUCAUCCUAAGCUCGAAGUCCCUGAAUACGCUUCCGCCGAGCUGAGCCCUGCUGGUUAUCGUUUCUUCAUGGAUCUUUUCUUGCUUUUCGACAAAGACAACGAUGGAGGCUUGAAUGAUCAAGAACUUGAUGCUCUGUUCGCCCCUACUCCCGGCUUGCCUACUUCCUGGGUAGAAUCCUCGUUUCCUUCUACGACCGUCCGCAACGAAGCUGGACACAUUACUCUGCAAGGGUGGCUUGCUCAGUGGAGCAUGACGACAUUCCUCGAGCCUAAGACUACUUUGGAAUAUCUCGCGUAUCUGGGUUUUGAACCGCAAAAUCCCAAGGAGUCCCUCACAUCAGCUUUGAAAGUAACGAAGCCCCGUAAGAGGAGAAGGCGCCCUGGUCGGGUUGAACGGAAUGUCGUGCUAUGUUACAUUGUUGGGGCCGCAAGAGCUGGCAAAUCGUCUCUUCUGGAUGCGUUCCUGAAUCGACCAUUCUAUAGCAUGUACUAUCCAACUAUCAAGCCUAGAAGAGCUGUCAACAGUGUAGAGCUUCAGGGUGGCAAACAAUGUUACCUUAUUCUAGAAGAACUUGGGGAGCUCGAACUUGCUAUACUGGAGAACCAGGCGAGGCUAGAUGCUUGCGACUUGAUUUGCUAUGUAUACGAUUCAUCGGAUCCAGACUCCUUUUCGCAUAUAGUUGACCUUCGAAAGCGAUUUCCGCAACUCGAUGAUUUACCCUCUAUAUAUACAGCUUUGAAAGCGGACAAGGACAAAACAACGCAGCGAAGCGAGUUACAACCAGACCAGUACACAUCAAACCUGAUGAUGAGUACGCCGGUCCAUGUGAGCGUAACAUGGAAUAGCAUUGGCGAGCUGUUCGUCGCACUGGCGGAGGCCGCUACAAACCCGAGCACGGCAUUUCCCAAGAGCGAGGAGCCACCACCCGACCGGUCGGGAUUAUAUCUUGCUCUAGGGGCGACCACCUGCGCUGCCGUAGCUGCCUUUAUGAUCUGGAGGCGAUCGACAAACUCUGCUUAGUACCUAUUUAGGCAUUUCUGAGACUAACCCGGUUUUCUAAUGGCUUUUAAUUUUAUUGAACAGGCAUUUAUUAGGAGCAUUACCCGUCGGAUAUGAAGUAUAUGGAUUGCUUAGUUGGUAUCUAGUCUUUUUUUAUCAGCCCUACUUUGUUAGUUUUUUCUCUACGUGAUACCCCGUCAUCUCUACUACCGUUGAACAUAUUA